AUGCAUCGUCUUUUUGCUGAGCUGGAGCCAUCUUUAACCGUCACAGAGCAAAACCUGGCAGACCGAGUUCGGUAUAUCUUGCGCUCAAAUAUAUUUGAUGUCGCCGAACUCGAACGGCUACGACGUGAGGCUGUUCCCUCGUCGGAUGAGAAUGCUACGGCUGAGGAUGCGGCGCCACAAAUGGUAGAGCAACCCGCAAACGUGGAUGCCGCCGUGAAUACCCCAGUUGUGGUUGAUUCAAACGAUGAUGGAACAGUCGCCCAGGAACUGGAAUUAGAGCAUAUGAGGAGUACAUUGGAAGAGGCGAUUGUGGAAACGCGCAGUACGCCUCUCGAAAAUCGACCGCGACUUCCCCGCAUAGCCCUAAGCAAGCGGAAUCGGGCUGUCGUGAGGGCUCUGAACCCAAUGCUGGUGACCUAUUUGGAAGCCAGCCGGGACCUUUGCGAGACGGACUCAAUUCUUUUUGGCGCCGCGCUGGCAGUCUGCCGUAUCAUAGGCGCCAAGGUUUCCACGGCUGGACGCGCUACUGGCCAUAGUAGCGCUAUCCCAGCAUGGAGAAGAAGAAUUGAGGAACGUAUCGCAAAGGCUAGAGCUCUCAUCGGCAGACUGAUAUGCUUCAGAUCAGGCAAUACCAGGCCAAGGACUGUGCGCACCGUCAGGAUGGCGUUAGCUGGGACAAAUGUUAGUUUGUCCCAGCCGGAUAUAACGCAAAAACUGACGGAGCGCAUAGAUGAUCUGAAGCAGAGAAUCGCUGCUUGGGGAAAGCGGAUUCGGCGAUAUACCGAGAGGUCGACACGGUUCAACCAGAAUCGUCUCUUCCAGAGUGAUAAGAAGAGGCUCUAUGAAUCAUUGGAGCGACCAAUGGUAAGUGGAACGGGUCCAGCACCGAAUCAGGCCGACACUGUAGCAUUCUGGCGCGGCCUGUGGUCAGAGCCCGUAAACCACAGCGAGGGCCCUUGGACGGAAGUUGUGGCGAGUCAGUGUGCGGGUAUUACGCCCAUGGACCCCGUCAUCAUAACGCCGGAUGACGUAGCUGAGGCGGUCCGUAGGGCCCCGAACUGGAAAAGUCCGGGGCUCUACGGGCUGCAUCACUACUGGCUGAAGGGGUUCAUGCUUAGAAAUGUUACGAGCUACCGGAUGAGAAUGGAUUAUGUAGAAACAGCUGCAACGGAUGCUAAUAUGCAAAUGCAAUACGCACAGUAA